AUGUUCUGCUCGUGUGCAAGCAAAAAGCCUUCUGAGUUUAAGGGGUAGAAAUUCAUUGCCAAGCCACUCAAAAAAUAAAAGUAGCCAGUUAUUUAAAAUCAAAAGGAAGAGAUUGAAAGAAAAUGUGAUAGAAAACUUGGAUCAACUAUGCAUGAGUUAUUUACUCUCAUUGAGAGAUUUGAAACCUAGGCUAAUAUAGUAAAAGAUGAUAAAAGGAUGAUGGACCUAUAAGCAUUCAGGGAGAUUCUGGGUAUUUUAGGGAACUUCAAAAUAAGUGAGAGAAUGUUUCAAGCAAUUGAUGACGAUAGAGAUGGAUUGAUAUCACUUGAAGAUUAUCUCAUCUAUAAUGAUAUAGUUUCACAUGGGGAAGAAAGAGAAAAAGACUUCAUUACCUUUAAAAUAUUUGAUAUUUAAGGACAAGGCAAAGUUGCUUAUGAUGACUUUAAAGUGUUCUGGAGUUAAUUUAUCGAACUAUAUGGAGAGGCACUUUAGACUAGGCUCCAAUACGAGGAAGAAUUAGUCUAAUUUGCUUUUAAGGAGAUAGCAGGAGAUAAAUAAUUUUUCGAUUUCCCUGCAUUUGAGAAGGCUAAAAGUAAUAAUCCUUAACUUCUUGAGUGGCUAGAGUAACCUGGUUAUUUUAUGUAGGAAAACGUAAAAGAAGCUCUCAAUAACCACAAAAUUGAUAUUAAAGUAUUAGAAGACUAUCACAAUGAAGUGAUGGGGGCAUUUGACUAAAUAGAGUAAUUACUCGAAGAUCAGUUUGGACUAUAAAGACAUUAUACAUCAAGAGACUUAUCAAAUAAGAAACCUUCAUUUGGAGGCUUCUUGAGGAGUAAGACACUAGCAAAUCCAUAAAUGAGACCGUCCUCUAAGAAUGCUGCUGCUGUAAUGAAGAAUGUUUCUUACUUUCAGAAUUCAAAGUUGGGAAAAUUUCCAGACCUUAAUAUUUCCCCUUCUCCUCUAAAAGGAGAUAUUAAUGAUAGACCCACAGAGCAUUUUCUCAAUCAUAAUAUACCUUUUUAAAGAUCAAUUAAUCUUAAUGACAUUAUUCUAACUAUAAACCAAUAAAUUUCAGCCUAGGGUAGCCCUAAUUUUGACUCACCGUAGAUUAAUCCAAAUCUUAAUUUUAAGCAGAUAACUAGGAAAAAUACCAAAUAAAGUGUAGUAAAUCAAGAGCAUGAGAUAUACUAAAGAGAGGAUGAAAAACUACCUUAUGAAGAAGAUAGCCAUUCUGAAUCUAAUUUUGAUUAGACAGAUGAGAACAUGUCAUUAUUGAGUUCUGAGAGAAAUGAUGAUGACAGGAAAAACAUGCCUAUAGCAUAUGAUGUUAAAAGUUUUGAUAAGAAGCCAUCAAUGAGUAGAAUAGUAGAAAAGAAGAAGCCUUAAACAAGUUAAAGAGAAACAGAGAGCGCCAGAAUUGUGAAUCUCAAAGCCUAAAAAAUUUCCAAGUUACCCAUAUUUCUCAAUACUCCAGAGUCUCUUGGCAAUUUUGAAACACCAUCAAAACAUCUUCAAUAGAUCAUGAGAGAAUCACUUGAUGCUGAAAAAUUUCUCAGUAUAAAUGAAAGACAAGACGAAAGCUUAAAAACAGACACUCACAAAAAUGAUGCCAAAUUGCUUCAAGAAAGUAUGAUUAAUAAGGCAUAAAUUGUUAAGGAAUACAUUGAUAAAUUCCGAUAAAAUUUAGAUGAAAUUGUCCAAGGCUAGAGAAAUGAAAUAGAUUCAAAAAGAAAAUCUAAGGUACAAAAUAAAUCUCAAAAAUUUUCAAGAAAUGGAUAAAAAUCAACAGCACUUGGCGAAACUUAGAAUGGUGAGGAAUUAGCGAACAGUGAUGGGCAAGUGAUCAGGAUAGGUCAUUAGAAGUUUGACUUGAUUUUAAACAUUAUGAUUGGGAUAAAGAAAGCUAUUUCUAACUUGAUUGAGAUACCUUUUAUGGAACUUGGGGAUAAGCAAUUUUUAACAAGACAAAGAUUAGAAAAUUAAUGGAUUUCUAAUGUUCACAGCUAAAAUGAUUAGAAAAUCAAGGAUUUCGUCUUCUUUGAUUAUGCUCCAUUGGUAUUUUAGAGAAUUAGACGUUUAUCAGAAAUUUCUGAGGAAGAUUAUCUAUACUCUCUAGGGCCAGAUAGUAUCCUAAACUGCUUCUGGAAUAACAACUAUCAGUCCUUGUAUGAGCUUUGUAGCUCUGGCAAAAGUGGUAGUCUGUUUUACUACACAGAGGAUUAAAAGUACAUGAUCAAAACUAUAAGCAGAGAUGAAUUCAAAAAGCUUAAGGAGAUUUUAAAGUAGUAUUACAACCACAUCAAGUAGAAUCCAAGUACUCUCAUUACUAGAUUCUUUGGCUUGCACAAAGUAUCUUGGAAGGUUUAAGCUAUUAUUCACAAAAAAUAUCUUGUCGUUAUGAACAAUAUCUUUAAAAGCUUUGAUGUUGGUAUUAGAUUUGACUUGAAAGGCUCAACAUAGGGAAGGAGAACCUUAAAGGCUGACGAUACCCUUAUUGCUGCUGAAUCUGAUAUAAAGAGAGCCCUUAAAGAUCUUGAUUUCAUUGAUAAUAUUAAACAUAUCAGGUUUACAAGAGAGCCAAAUGAUACCAAGCCCAGACUUGAGGAUAUUUUAGUGAAAGACGCUGAGUUCUUUGCUUAGACCAAGAUUCUUGAUUAUUCCUUGUUGCUAGGUAGAUUAAAGAAUCCUGAAAUUAUCAGGGAAUAAAUACUAACUGGAGAGAUCAGAAGUGAUGGCAUCUAUUUCACCGAAGAUGGAAAUGCUUACAUAGCUGGAAUAAUUGAUAUUCUAACUGAGUACAACAGCAGGAAGAGAAUAGAAUAUAGUUACAAGAGACUCAAGUAUGGAAGUUCAAUGAGCUGCUUGCCACCCUAGCUCUAUGCUAAGAGAUUCUAAGACUUCAUGAGGAAGAUCAUAUAGACUAUUGAAUAGCCAUUACUAGAUUUGGACUUGCCUGAGCAGAGUAAUGAAAAAAUAGUGCACGAAUAAAGUAAUUAAGAAUGA